AUGAAUAAUUUUUCCCUAUUUGAUGAAAAUUUGUCUGAAGAUUUUCUGGAUGAAAAUGUUUCAGUCUCCAGUAUUAAUACAUCUCCGAACCUUGAAAAAAACAUGGCUGAAAGCAAGUUUAGUCUCAGAGUAAAGGCAACAAAAGUAGCAGGAGGUGAGCUCUGAUUAGACUCGCAGCCUGUUUGUAAGAAUUCACUAGUGAUAGAUAAUUCUCUUGAACAAUCAGAUAGCUAUGCUAUUCAGAAAGAGCAAAGAAAGUUGAAGCCUGUCUCAAAGUCUUCAAUUCAAACAGAGAUUAAGAGCUUACUUCAGAAAGCCAUUUUGAUAAGGAAUUUGUCAUGCUGAGAGAAGAAUAGCAGAGCAAGACUUUCUGUUGCUCAUCGUCCUACUGACAAGACUGUGACAAUGAGAGAUGUGAAAUCUGCAGAUUUGUCCUCAAAUUAA